AUGAGCGGCCCGGCGACGCUGCCCCCCGGGGGCGAAGAGGAGUUCGAGACCACCUGGCCCCCGGCGAUCAAUGCCAGCAGCACGCCGGUGGUGGUGGCGGCGGCGGCAGAGGAGGAGGCGCUGUCCGACGGCACGGCAGCACCUGGCAUGGUCACCAUCCAAUGCAUCUACGCGCUCGUGUGCCUGGUGGGUCUGGUGGGCAACGCCCUGGUCAUCUUCGUGAUCCUGCGCUAUGCCAAGAUGAAGACGGCCACCAACAUCUACCUGCUCAACCUGGCCGUCGCGGACGAGCUGUUCAUGCUGAGCGUCCCUUUCGUGGCUUCGGCGGCUGCCCUACGCCACUGGCCCUUUGGGGCGGUGCUGUGCCGCGCGGUGCUGAGCGUGGACGGCCUCAACAUGUUCACCAGCGUCUUCUGUCUCACCGUGCUCAGCGUGGACCGCUACGUGGCCGUGGUGCACCCUCUGAGAGCUGCCACCUACAGGCGGCCCAGCGUGGCCAAGCUGAUCAACCUGGGCGUGUGGCUGGCAUCUUUACUGGUCACCCUGCCCAUUGCCGUCUUUGCGGACACCAGGCCUGCUCGGGGCGGCCAGGCUGUGGCUUGCAACUUGCACUGGCCUCACCCGGCCUGGUCGGCGGUCUUCGUGAUCUACACUUUCCUGCUGGGCUUCUUGCUGCCCGUGCUGGCCAUCGGUCUGUGUUACCUGCUCAUCGUGGGCAAGAUGCGCGCGGUGGCACUGCGGGCUGGCUGGCAGCAGCGGAGGCGCUCAGAGAAAAAGAUCACGCGGCUCGUGCUCAUGGUAGUGACCGUCUUCGUGCUGUGCUGGAUGCCCUUCUACGUGGUCCAGCUGCUGAAUCUGUUUGUCACCAGCCUGGAUGCCACCAUCAACCAUGUGUCCCUCAUCCUCAGCUAUGCCAACAGCUGCGCCAACCCUAUUCUCUACGGCUUCCUCUCUGACAACUUCCGCCGCUCCUUCCAGCGGGUGCUGUGCCUGCGAUGCUGUCUGCUGGAUGCCUCAGGAGGUGCGGAGGAAGAACCCCUGGACUAUUAUGCCACCGCUCUUAAGAGCAGAGGGGGAGCAGGAUGCAUAUGUCCCCCACUCCCCUGCCAGCAGGAGCCCAUGCAAGCAGAACCCAGCCGCAAGCCAAUCCCCCUCACCAAGAUCUCUACGUUCUGAGGAUCCUCCCCACCUUCCCCCCCGAUGGCCUGCUACUGGGUCUGUAGCACCUCACAGCCCAGCAGCUUCAAGAAUAACUUGCUCCCACCAAGCCGGCUCCUUCCUGUGUGCCAUCCCUACCAGCCUCAGGACUCCUGCUGUCCCCUCCCUCAGGACUGGCCAGAAGGACAGCUCCAUGGGGGUAGGACUUCUCUGGGGGCUGGGGUAGGGUGCUGGCUACUCCUGAACCUCUGGGGGAUGUCUUGAGGGACGGAAAUCCGGAGGUGGCCCUAGAAGAACGGCCACUUCCAUGUGCUUGUCGCACAGGGCUUGCUGGGAGGAGGCCUCCAAGGGCAGGCAGGCAAGGCUCCAGCUCUCCGUGGGCGCUUUGACAGUAAGAGGACAGUGCGCGUGGAGAGCCCAGGGAGGAGGAAAGAUGCCUUUAAGAGCAUCUGUGUGAGACUCUAGUUGCUAAGUGAAGGGUGUGUGCAACAGCGGAUGGCACUGCCUGGUUUGCCCACAAGUGUCUCCUACUGGUCCAGGGCCAAUAGCAGACUUCCUGGAGAUGGGAAAGGCUCAUAGAGACAUAAUGUGUGUGUAUGUGGUGUGGGUACAAGGGGGGAUGGCGCUGCCAGGCAUAAAACCCCAGCUCAGGAAUAAAAAAGAAAAAAUCAGAGAGGACAAAAUCUCAUCCGUUGUGAUUUCUGCUUCCCCCCCCCCCCGAACCCUUGAGUAUGAGAAUGUGGAAAAUCAUUACACCCCCAAUUUAUACCAUGGAGUAGGCAAGAAAAGACCAGAGGACCAAGGCAGAGGGAAAUCAGCCCAAGUUUUAGCUAGACAGGGCAGCUCUGUCACCCGUUAGUUUAAAAUAUCAAAAGCAGUAAACUCCAGCUGGACGUGGACCUGACAUGUAGGCUUAACACAGGGAAAGCCACCCCUUUGCUUCUAGUAGGUUAAUUGCAGCACGAAUGAUCUUUCCCCCGAGGAGAAGCAGCUGGUGAGAGCUUUACUUCUGCUGAAGUGGCGGCGGGGGCUGAGGGAAUGCUUGCAACACCCACGCUGCAUCUGAGGGAGAGAGCAGGUGGCUCAUCUCCUCCUGCCUCGGCACUGCAAAAGAUCCCGUUGGGCUUGGCUGGCCAAAUGCUGACAGUGUCUGGAAGAUAAGCCAGGGAGGACAGGGAAGACAGCCAUCUCCAUGCCAUGGCUUUCUGCCAAGGAGUCUUCAAGAGAAACCCGGGGCCCAUCAGCCUCCCAGACAUGGGCAGGCUGCGUGAGUUCUAGGGUAGGUACAGGCGAGCUUCUGGCUGAGGGGGCUGGCACUAGGAGCGCAGGCAGUGCCAGGAGGCAGGGUUGAGGCCCAGGGAGAUGCCUGGUAGCCGUGUGGAUCAUUGCAGCUCUCUGAAAGCCUGGAAGAAGCAAGAGGUGACUUCCCCUCGGCUGUUUGCCAAGAGCCAGAGCUUUUAUGUGAUAGGAGCAGCUGUCUGAUACAUGGAAAACAGACAAAACAUGUGAGAUCUGGUCUCAGGCACAAGUGUCUUGUAUUGCAAACAGGAGACUCAGCCAAUGUUCUCAAAAUCGUUGCCUGGAAAAUCAGUAGGGAUUGUGGUACAGAACGUGAUGAGUCUUGAACAUCUAACCUUACACUUAGAUAAGGCUGUAGAUCCCAAAUUUUCCUUUAUAAAAGGGAAAGGCCUUCUAUCCAGUGUCUUUGGGUAUAUAACAACUGGAUACAUUACCUUCUCCAAAUAUUCACCCAGCUACAACGGCUUGAAUGACAGUCAGUGUUGAUCCAACGUGUCUUGGUGCGCUGGGUGAACAAAGGGAGAAUGAAUGUCAUAAGGGUCUGCACCUUCUGGGACGCCUCAUAUGUGUCUUGAAGAACUAUGUCACCAGGUCUCUACCACUGACUUUGUAUAUGGUUGUGGAUUGGAAGAACUAAGAGACAGAGGACCCUUUGGCCCCACCAACACACAGGCACACAUACUCAUCCACAUGAGUCUAUGCAAACAAAGGUGUAUGAGCCAUUCGUAACUUGUCAUUCCGACCCACAGUCACCCUAGGUACACACAUAGGUCAAUCCUGCCAUCCACGGGCCUCACGUAACAGGCACUUCCUGGAGGUGUUUCAAACUGAACUGUCUCUUUGUUCCAAGUGCAUGACGGGAUGGGCACCUGAUAAAUGCAGUUUGACAUCACUACAAUGACCACCUAAGCCAAUGGCACAGAAGGGAGGGGCUCCUGGUCUUGGCGUGGUUGCAGUGGGCAAGGGAUGUUAGGCCUUUGCUCCAGUUUUGGAAGGUCUGAGGUCCUUCUCAUUCAUCAGCCUCUAGUGACCCACUCAGGCACAGACAUGUUUAGCCGUCCAGAAUAAGAUAUGUGCUGUUUUUCCCAUGUGGUCUUUGAUCUGGGAUUGGUGAUAGUUUGGAAGAGAGGCAACUUUAGUCAGAGGAAGGAAAAGUCACUGGCAACAGCAGAGGGCCUCAGCUUCAGCUGCCCAUGAGAACAGAUGCCAGCUCUUGAAGCCUCAGUCUCCCAUUUGGAACAUGUGCAAAGGAAGGCUUGAGUUCCGAGGUCCUCUGAGCAUUAGCUGCUUCAAGGAUAGGGAGGAGGGCAAGUGGCAGCGUUCUUCUCCACCUAGCACGCCCUCAGCACCAUGAGCACUUGCACUGCCCUCACCGGCAUCAUCCGCCAAUCACGUGGGUACAGGGGCUUCUUGGUGACUGCUCUCUGUUCUCCUUUUCAUUUCUCGAGUUGGAGAACUCCACAGCGGUCAAGCAGCCCACGCAUUUGUCCAGAGAUGUGUUUAAGCAGGCCAAAAGUAAGUCCUACUGGCCUUAGUGGCAUUAA